CCGUUUUACAGGCAGGGUUGGAGAGGGCGGCUUGCUUCAUGACGUGCUUCCUGGUGACGUCACGCGACGCAGUGUGCGGAAGAGAAGGAAAAAAACAAAAAAAAUCAUUAUUAUUGAAGGGCCUGUAACUGUGUACAUCAUGCUUGGCGGUGGAUUCAAAGCAGAGCGACUUCGUGUCAACCUUCGGCUGGUCAUGAACCGGCUCAAGCUCCUGGAGAAGAAGAAGACGGAGCUAGCGCAGAAAGCGCGCAAGGAAAUUGCAGAUUACCUGUCCACGGGGAAGGAUGAGCGAGCACGUAUUCGUGUGGAGCACAUCAUCAGAGAAGACUACCUGGUGGAGGCCAUGGAGAUACUGGAGCUUUACUGUGACCUGCUGCUCGCACGCUUCGGACUCGUACAGUCCAUGAAGGAGUUGGAGCCAGGGUUACAGGAAGCCGUCUCUACUCUGAUUUGGGCAGCCCCCCGUAUGCAGAGUGAAGUCGUUGAGCUCAAGAUUGUUGCAGAUCAGCUGUGUGCCAAAUACAGCAAGGAGUAUGGCAAGCUUUGCAGGUCAAACCAGAUAGGAACUGUCAAUGACAGGCUGAUGCACAAACUGAAUGUAGAGGCACCCCCAAAGAUCCUGGUGGAGCGUUACCUCAUUGAGAUUGCGAAGAAUUACAACGUGCCGUAUGAGCCCGACUCUAUGGUCAUGGGCGAGGUCCCCACAGGUGUGGAAGCCAAUCUCAUUGAUGUCUUUGAUGAGAAGAGGGGGGGGCCCGGAGGAAGAGGUGGUGGUGGGGGAGGUGGCUUCAUUGUGCCAGCGGGUGCAGUGCCCAUGCCCAUGCCCAUGCCAAUGCCCAUGCCUUCACCGCAUGUUCCAUUCAACUACCCUCAACCCAAAGGACCUGCAAACUUCAGUGGCCCUGAAGUUGGCACCUAUGAGAGUUUUAACAACUUCCAGCCUCCAGUGCCAGGAAUGCAGCCCCCACAGCUACCCAGCUGCCCCCCAACUUAUGAGUCUAUUGAUGACCUCACUAACAACACUUCUGUUCCUUCUCCAAAGGCUACUGGUCCCUCUCUGAUCUACGACAACACUGUUCUCCCAGAACUGCCUUCGGUUCCUGACACACUUCCUGCGUCCUCUUUUGGUGGGAAUUCUGCUCCCUCUGAGGAUAUCGACUUCGAUGACCUGUCGCGCCGCUUUGAGGAUCUCAAGAAGAAAACAUAGACAGCAUUGCGCCACCUGCCUGCUCGACUGUCUCGCUAUUACUACUCCUAAUUGUGAGGUGGGUGCGGGGAGACACGGAAUCACAAGCUAAAAAGGAUUGCUGUUCACCAGUGCUGCUGCAGAUGUUAUUACCAAUACUUUUCUAUUCUUUAAAAAUAUCAAUACCUAUUUAUCAUCUUUAAACUACUGAAAUAGAAAUAAGACCGAUUUGGCAUGAAAAAACAAAAGGCUAUUUUUUGUUUUGUUUAAAUCAGACAGAACUUGGACUUUAAAUGUUAAAUUGUAUGUGUUAAUAACCCUGUACAGUUCACCCUAUUUCUAAUGUAACGGAGUGAGUGCCUGUCUUUUGACGAAGUACAUUACACAUGUUGAAACUUUAAAGACUUUUUGAUUAAAAAUGUAGCUUUGUUUCUGUCUCUCAAUCAAGACAGUCAUGGCACUAUUAGAGUCCAAAUCUUUUUAUAGAAAAUAAAAGGUGAAAUAAAAGAACUAAACACUCCAGAAAAUAUACCCAAAUAUCCCCCACUGUCUCAUGUGGACCUUUUUUUUGCUCAGAAAUCCUUAUUUCUUAGGGAUUUCCCUGUCUGAAACUGCAUGCAGGUGCCUUUUAAAUCUCAUUAACCUGUAUGGAACUGUGUGUGCUAGGUAGAGUCAAGUUAGAGGUUAAGGUUAACUUGUUUAUACAGGCUGCAUUAUUUGGAACAAUAAGGACAUUUGUGUCUUUUUAAUUAAAACACACAUAACUGUUCUGUUCUGGUAAUUAAUUUUAUCUUCCACAGCCUGUGGUACUUUAUAACUGGUAAUAGCCCACUGCUAUGAACUGUCUUGCUUUUCUUUAGAUUGGGAGUUGGGUAAAAUGUAGGUGCCAUUCGAUUUUUGAAUUCAAACUACAUUGCUGAAUGAUUAUGUAUAAAGACAAACAUUACCAGUGGGAAAAACCUAAUGAGGGAAAUGUUUUUAACCUGUUUUCUGUUCAAAACUGUAAAACACUAAUGUGACUUUUAAUGGUCAGCUGCUCUAUCUAUUAAACUGGGCAGUUUUUCUAAGGAAUAAUAACUCGUGGAAAAUCCAAAUAUUAUAUAGGAAACACAAAACUUAUGAAUUGUGGGUGCAAAUUCACAUGAAUUUAAAUAGAAUACCAUCAUAGGAACAUCUGAAAAGAAAGAGUAACUAUGAGUUGUUUAAUACGAGAUUGGCAAGCAGUGGGCUAUUCACAAAGGUUUUCCUUUAGUAUUCUUAGAAUCUGUUGACAACUUGUUAACUGUUGCCAACAACAGUAUAAUUGAUUAGACUAAAAAAACAUGAAUCAAGCUAAAGCUUUGUGAAUAGGAUCAUUAAUCAUAAUAGGAUAUAACUGAUUUACAAUGUAUUCGUUGAAUUUACCUUUGUGUUGUUUUUAUGUAUGUAAGUGGCCAUUUCGUUUUGAUGAGAUCAGUUAAAUGGGUUUCAAAGCAGUCAUGAGGGCUUGUGUUUGUUCAUGUGUUUAUACCCCCUAUGUUUAUUAAGUAGGACUUUAUUUCUGUGUUUAUCAAUCAGAUUGAAGGGUGUGUUUAUUAAUUCUGAAGUACAUGACCAUUUUCUGUUCCCUUUUUAAAUGGGGGGACGGGGGAGGGGUUGGAAAAGUCUGGGAAGUAAUGUCAUAAGAUUAUGCAAUAAGUGGAACAGUAUUUACGGUAUUUUGAGCUGGCUAUCGUAUUAAUAAAUGCUGUUACUUAUUGUAUGAGGGUAUCACAUUACCAAAAACAUUUCUUUCAAGCUGCAGUUAUUUGAAGUGGGCCAGUUUAAGUGUAUUUAUUAAUACCAUGCCUAGUUCUUGUUGGAUUGUUACUGUACAUCCAAUAUAUCCUUUCUUCUUGUUACACAGCCUUGGUUCACUUCCAUACUUUUGUUUGGAGCGAUUUCUGAUGUAACUCAAAUAUGUUUAUUUUUCAUUUGUGGUGUUAGAAAGCAUUUUCCAGGAGUUUUUAUAUUUCAGUUUGGUGGACACAACAAUUUAUUUACUCUUAACUGACAUUUCUUUAAAAUGUUUUGUCUGUCAAAUAAAUAAUGUUAUAUUAAAACA